UAUCCUUCGAUUCCACUUACUCAUCGGUACUUACCAGUCAUUAGUGUUUCCCAGUAAGAUAUCGCAGAUUUCUUAAUUUUAUUCAUCACCUAAUUACGUACUUUUUUGUUUGCAACUACAACAAAUCACAAAAAUAAGUAAAGACAAAAAGUAUGUCGUUCGCGGACAAGGUCGUGUUGAUCACUGGAGCCAGUUCUGGUAUUGGAGCAGCCACUGCUAUACAUUUAUCCCAAUUGGGUGCAUUGCUUAGUCUACACGGUCGUAAUGUGCAAAAUUUGAACAAGGUUGCUGAACAAUGCAAGAAUCCUAAACCACACCUUGUUACUGGAGAAAUUACCAAUGAGGCUGAUGUACAGAAAAUAUUGGAGUCUACGUUGCAAAAAUACGGUAAACUUGAUGUACUUGUAAAUAAUGCUGGUACUCUGGAAUCUGGAAGUAUUGAGAAUACUAGUUUAGAGCAAUACGAUAGAGUAAUGAAUAUCAAUGUGAGAUCUAUUUACCACUUAACAAUGUUAGCAGUACCACAUCUGAUAAAAACUCGAGGCAACAUUGUUAAUGUCUCAAGUGUAACCGGUAUGAGAGCAUUUCCAGGUGUUUUGUCUUACUGCAUCAGUAAAGCUGCUAUUGAUCAGUUCACUCGAUGUGUUGCUUUGGAACUAGCUCCAAAACAGAUUCGUGUAAACGCUGUCAACCCAGGUGUCGUAGUAACAAACUUACAUAGAAGUAGUGGUAUGAGUGAAGACAAGCUAAAGGAAUUUUUUGAACAUAGCAAAGUUACUCAUGCACUUGGACGUCCUGGAACACCAGAAGAAGUUGCCAAAACAAUUGGCUUUUUGGCCAGUGAUUAUGCUAGUUUUAUCACUGGUCAAACUCUCCCUGUUGAUGGUGGUCGCAGUGUCAUGUGUCCACGAUAAAAUUUGUGACAAAUAUUAUAAAUAUAAAUAUUAUUUUUGUACAAUUUGUAAUAGCACUAUUAAUAUUCCUAUAAUUUUUUGUACUCAAAUCUGUAUCAUUAACAUUAAUUUGUUUGAGUUUCAUUAAAGAAAAUCUUUUUGACUUUUGGAAAAAGAAUAUUGAAAUUUAUAUAUGAAAAUAUAAAUAUUUUAUAUUUUUUAGUUUCUUUUCGUGUUAGCCC